AUGGUUCGUCGUCGAAAUAAUAUACAACCAAAAAAUAAUAUAUCAAUGAAAAAAAUUUCACGUCGUAAUACAGAUAUGAUGCAACCAAUAUCAUCAUCGACUAUAUCAAUGAUUCAACAAAAUCCAACAGAAAAUCUUGAUGAUGAAACAAAAUUAGCUAAACGUCAUUUAACAAAAGAAAUGUGGCAACUUGUUUCAAUAGCUGUUAAACGAAUGGCUGAUGAACUUGUUUCAAUUUCAAAUAAUCAACAAAUAGCAACACGUUUAAUGAAUCCCGAACAACAAACAUCACUUAUAUCUAAUAAUCAUCAAACAACACUUAUUGACACAAAUAAUAUUCAUCAUCUACAAUCAGCAUUAAUACCAACAAUUCAACAACCAAUAAUAACAAAUACAGGUGCAGGUGAUGUACCUUGUAUUAAAGAAAAACCCAUAAUUGUUAAAGAAUCUAUUAAAAAACGUACAUUACCAAUUCAAAUGUUAGAAUCAUCAUUACAUAUUAAGAAAAAAGAACUUAGUAAUAAUGCAACACGUCGACCAAAUAAAUCUAAAGUACAAAAUAAAUCAUCAUCAACAAAAAAGAAUGGAAAAAUAACAUCACAACGUUUACGUAAUAAUUAUAAAUUAAAAUAG